GACCACGAAUUUGACUUUUGACGUAUUGUUCGUCCCAGUCUUUGUUCCAGUCUUUGUUUUCGCUCUCCUUAUAUCUUCCGGUCUCUGGUGGAAAGACCGCGCUCGCCUUCUCUCGUGCCGAGUACUACGUGUAACAAUCUUGACCAUGUCUCAAUUCAGCCACCCAGCUCCAGUGUCUACGAAAAUCGAUGUCGUUAUCCUUGACCCUCUCAUCGCAGACUCAUCGCUCUUCCUUAAUAGAAUCAUCACGAAUGACCUUCUCUAUACCAACGUCUUCGCCUACUGCACACCAGCGUCCCUCUUCCGCCUUGCUCGUGUUUGCAAAGCGGUACAUGACGCAGUAAAGGACUACAUACAACGCGCGUUCAAUCUCAACAAGCUUCUCUCAAGAUUCUUCAUAGAUCCGAUUGCCUUCAGAAGAAUGCAACAAAGCACGAGUACGCUCAUAUCAGGCUCAACAGCUCUUCAGUUCUUCGAUCGGUCGUUCUACCCCGAUUCAGACCUCGACCUCUACGUCCCUAUGAAGUUCAGGUUGUAUGUUGGGCAAUGGCUCAUGGGCGUUGGGUACACGUUUGUGCCGAACAGCAGCCAAUCAGCCAAGUUCGAGUUAGCUGUCAUAGACCCUACCGUCAUUAUCACCCAGGGCUUAGGCACGUACUCUGGGAUGGUUGGCGUUGCCGCAGUCUUCACUUUUGUCAAGCCAUCGCAAACCGAGGCGGGUAAGGAGCUUAAGGUUCAGGUCAUCGUCUCCGUUCGUGCGCCUAUGGAGAUCAUUCUAUACUACCACUCAACGGUCGUCAUGAAUGUGAUCACAUAUGAGAAAGCGUACUCUCUCUACCCUAUACCAACUUUCGAAGAACGCCGCUCCUUGAUUUGCCGCAGCUGGGGCAUAAAGCAAGAGGAAGGUAUCGAGAAGUACGAAGAUCGCGGCUGGGAAAUGCUUAGCCGUCUUCCGUCCGGAGAAUCUCUCGAGAAGUCAUCCUUCCUCAUAGGCUCUCGAUGGAUUGGCGACGAAGAUGUCUGGGAAAUCGAUCUCGACAUGGAAGGCAUUCCUUCAACUGUCCGGGCGCGCAGUGAUUCCUCUAAACCUCUCACCCACGAUCCGGCUAGCGUCACGAGCUGGAAACUGCACUGUGGACAUUUUGAAGGUGCCGUCAUGGUGACCAAUACCCUAAAAUCUGAAUACCUCUUCCAUCAAUAUAUCAGCCAAGAUGGUGGAUUCUUAAGUUCCUUGGAGUAUCAUGCGGAUAAGCAUAAGAAAGGGGAGUCUGUGGAAGGUCCACAGAGAUAUUAUGACGAGGAGUUCAUACAGAUGCUCCAGAAGUCCUUCUCGACUGUCAAGGACUUCAUUUAGCUGACAGGUAUUUAUACCUGAGUUUUUAUGGUCACAACUAUUAUUUGUGUAUUCUCAUCCUUUCUCUUUUUUCUACAGAUGCACUAUUUGCUUUCAUGUGAUCUUACCCUCAUUGUAUGUCAUGAAAUAUCUAGAAUGGUAGACUUUUAAGAUGAUAUGAUAUUCUAGAAUUAAUCAUCAUCCUGAAGGAGCCUAGCACCAGAGUGAGAAGGUAGCAUAUAGUCCUUAGCCACUGUUUCCACUAUAGCUUGAAGCCCACUCUGAAAUUGGAAAUGCAAGAGACACAGUGAUAUAUACUC